AUGCAAAGUUUGACCAGAAUCAUACCCCGGGCGCCAGCGCGGAUCCUCCGGCCGACAUACAUACGGCCCUUGGCUUUGGGCGUGUCCGCAUGGCAUGUGCGCCGAACCACGUAUAGGAACAUGUCCAGUUCUACCAUGUCGAUGCUUUCGGCGCUGGAACAGGCGGCCAACUCGGACAUUUCCAACGCUGAAGUGCAGGCGGAGUUUUACAAGCGGCUACUUGCCACCAACUACCCUCAGAUCGUCGUGCAGCGCUUUGAAACCCCCGGUAUCGCCUCCAAUCCGGAGUGUGCGCAACUUUACAUUGAGGCGUUGAACAAGGUGGGCAAAAGGGCCAAGGCAGAGCAAGUGACGCGUGAUUUGGCUGCUGGCACUAACGCUGCUGUGGCAGGAAACGCAGGUCACUCGCCAUUUUCCUACGGCAUGGGCUCGAGAACUGAACCUGUCCACGUGAUUGUGUCCGAGUCCGGACUCACUAUAUUGUCAAAGUGGCUCAAAUGGUUGAUCCCAGUGGCGCUUCUCACAUAUGGAGCAUCGAACGCCUUCAACUACUUGGUCGAAAACGGCACCAUCUUCCGCAACUCGGAAGUUGUCGACAAGUCUGUCGAUGUUUCCCAAUCCACAGUACGGUUCAAAGAUGUCUGUGGCUGUGAUGAGGCUAGAGCAGAGUUGGAGGAGAUUGUUGACUUCUUGAAGGAUCCUUCCAAGUUCACCGGCUUGGGUGGAAAGUUGCCCAAAGGUGUAUUGUUAACCGGUCCCCCAGGUACAGGUAAGACGUUAUUGGCACGUGCGACAGCAGGAGAAGCUGGUGUUCCCUUCUUCUUCAUGUCUGGUUCGGAAUUUGACGAGCUUUAUGUUGGUGUGGGUGCCAAGCGUAUCCGUGAGUUAUUCGGCCAGGCGCGUGAAAAGGCGCCAGCCAUCAUUUUCAUCGAUGAGUUGGAUGCCAUCGGAGGAAAACGUAACCCAAAGGACCAGGCAUAUGCUAAGCAAACUUUGAAUCAAUUGUUGGUUGAGUUGGACGGCUUUUCGCAGACUGAAGGUAUAAUCAUCAUUGGAGCAACCAACUUUCCAGAAUCCUUGGAUAAGGCCUUGACCAGACCUGGCCGUUUCGACAAGGAAGUCAUUGUGGAGUUGCCUGAUGUUAGAGGUCGUGUUGAUAUUUUGAAGCAUCACAUGCAAAACGUCGAAACUGCCGAAAAUGUCGAUCCUACCAUUAUUGCAAGAGGAACACCAGGAUUAUCUGGUGCAGAGUUGAUGAAUUUGGUGAAUCAAGCGGCCGUGCAUGCAUCUCAGCUUUCAGCACCUGCCGUUGAUAUGAGUCACUUUGAAUGGGCCAAGGACAAGAUUUUGAUGGGCGCCGCAAAGAAGAAGAUGGUGAUUACAGAAGAGGCAAGAAAAAACACAGCUUAUCAUGAGGCUGGACAUGCCAUCAUGGCUAUGUACUCUCCAGCUGCAACUCCCUUAUAUAAGGCCACGAUCUUGCCUAGAGGAAGGGCAUUGGGUGUAACAUUCCAAUUACCUGAAAUGGACAAGGUCGAUAUGACCAAGAAAGAAUGCUUCUCGCGCCUUGACGUUUGUAUGGGCGGUAAAGUAGCUGAGGAGAUGAUCCAUGGCCCAGAAAAUGUCACCAGUGGAUGUUCCUCUGACUUGGCGAAUGCUACAGGCAUGGCACGGGCCAUGGUGGCAUCCUAUGGUAUGAGUGAUGUUAUUGGGCCAGUGAGAAUGAGCGAUGACUGGGAAUCGUGGUCUCCUAAAAUCAGAGAUUUGGCUGAUAACGAGGUGCGGAGCUUCUUGGUGGAAUCCGAAUCUAGAACACGCAAAAUGCUCGCUGCAAAGAAAACAGAGUUGAAAAGACUCGCCGAAGGCUUAUUGGAAUACGAAACUUUGACGAAAGAGGAGAUGGAGAAAAUCGUCAAGGGAGAACCAAUCAACAAACCAAAGACCAUCAGCAACACCGUCAUUAAGUCUUCUGGGAGUGGCCGAUUAGAGGUUAUAAAUGAACCUACUCAGCCUGUGCCUCUUGCCGAAGCAUGA